AUGUCUCUGUUUCAGAUGACUGUGUUGUUGCGGGCUCUCAUCCUCCUUUACUGUGUACUGCACUGUGUGGAGUCCUCUGCUCCAUCUCCAGUCCUCCAGAGGAAUAAAUAUAACAACUCCUUUCGUCUCACGCGGUCCACCAGAACCCGCGUCCAGCAGCUGCAGAGGAAAUAUAAGGAGCAUCAGUUGGGAAACAAGCAUUUUGAGGACAGAAGCCGACAGUUAAAGGGCCUGCCAUUACUUUCUACAGAUUUCUACAGCUGGCUAAAGCUGACGGACUGGGAACGACUGCAUGCUGCAUUCUGGGACAUGCAAGCCUAUUGGAAUAUGCUGGAGUGGAAGAGAAGACAGCUGGAGGAGGCGAAAGAGCAGAUGGCGGGGCAGGUGGUCCGUACCACUUUACCACAGUGCAUCAGGCACGUUCAGCUGGACCUGAGGGACCUGAUGAGCCAAGUCAGCAGUCAGAUGAGUUACAUGCAGAGCUCCUGGAAGAAGCCAACCUCUCCUACAGUACGGGCACCCUUGAACCCAGAAACCAGCUCUAAAACAGUGUGGGAUAGCCGAGUGGAGGGUUACAUCAUUCUGAGGGAUCUAGACCUUUACCUCACCAAGCUGGCAAGAGACUUCCUCCUACUGGCUUCAAAAACACACACGACUCAGCACUGA